CACCCCUUCCUCCCGCCUCCUCCCCCUCCAUGUUGUGACAAAGCAGCGCCGAGUGCGGACUGGAAAUACUUUUUUCUUCUUCUUCUUCUCUUCUACUGCUUUUAAGAGACUACAGGCCAAUUAUUCAGUAUUGUUUAUAAGCAAACACGCAUUUACGAAGAUGCCCACUAUAAAGUUGCAGAGCUCCGAUGGGGAAAUUUUCGAGGUGGACGUGGAAAUAGCCAAACAGUCCGUGACCAUUAAAACCAUGUUGGAAGAUUUGGGAAUGGACGACGAAGGAGACGACGACCCGGUCCCUCUUCCCAACGUCAACGCGGCAAUACUUAAGAAGGUGAUCCAGUGGUGCACCCACCACAAAGACGACCCCCCUCCCCCCGAGGAUGACGAGAACAAGGAGAAGCGCACCGACGACAUUCCCGUCUGGGAUCAGGAGUUCCUCAAAGUGGACCAAGGCACCUUGUUUGAGCUCAUUCUGGCCGCCAACUAUUUGGACAUCAAGGGUCUUCUGGACGUGACGUGCAAGACGGUGGCCAACAUGAUCAAAGGAAAGACCCCCGAGGAGAUCAGGAAGACGUUCAACAUCAAGAACGACUUCACGGAGGAGGAAGAAGCCCAGGUGCGCAAAGAGAACCAGUGGUGUGAAGAGAAGUAAACGCUAACACUGGAUAGGAACUGUCCUCUUGCUGGUUGCACUGCUCUUGUUCAUACUUGUUAAUAUUUACACCACUCGUCCCCUCACCUGUGUCUUCUUUCUACCUGUCCCCGCACCUGUGUCCCCUAGCUUCUACCUUCUGGAAUAACAUCUCCCCAAUAUUUAAAUUAAUAAGUCGUGGCUGUUAGCACACGCAUCGUCGACAUUUUUAGCAUCUUUUUUUUUUUUUUUACUGCUUCGUCUUAGUUGGUAAAUCAGACUUUUUGUGGACAAUAGAAGAAGAAAGUGCGAAUUAGAAUAUUUACUGUCUUGUUGAAGUGAGUUUUGUUUUGGCUCGCUAAAUCCUAACUGACGUCGCCUCGCAGGGAAAGAAAAAAAAUGUUUCACACAUCGCUUGAUAAUUUUGGGAGUAAAUAAAAUACUGCAAAAAAAAGAAAAGAAAAUUGUGUUAAGUUUUUUAUUCCAGUUUGAAAUGUACCUUUAAAAACAUCCUUUUAAAUAUUUAAACAAAUUCAAUACACCAAAACAAUUCUAGUGUAAAAAAAAAAAGAAGUAAUUUCUCUGUACAACUUGACAUUGAAACCAAAACACUUAAAAGUAUUGCUUUAAGAAAUGGUAGCGGCUAAAAAGUACUUUUUUUUUUAGGGGCCGGAUGUCCCUUUGCAAAGGGACAGAGGACCCUAUUGUUUUUCUAGCGUUUUAUUCUUUAUUAUUAUACCACCGCCUCUUUGAGCUGUAAUUUGACCCCCUUAACAUGCUUCAAAACUCACCAAAUUGGACACACACAUCAGGACUGGCAAAAAUUGCGAUCUAAUCAAAAAACCAAACCCCAAAACUCAAAAUUGCGCUCUAGAGCCCCCUAGGAAAAAAACUGACAAAACUGCCUGUAACUUCCAGUAGGAAUGUCGUAGAGAACCCCUAUGUAGGUCUCACUUAGACUUAGAUUUCAUACACUGACAUCCUUCAGCAAAAAUCAACAGGAAGUUUGCAAUUUCCCCUUCAAAACAAAAGUUUUGUAAAAACAAGUCACCUUUGCCUAUUUGAGCUAUAAUUUGCCCCCCUUAACAUGCUUCAAAACUCGCCAAACUGGACACACACAUCAGGACUGGCAAAAAUCGAGAUCUAAUAAAAAAACCAAACCCCAAUACUCAAAAUUGCGCUCUAGCGCCCCCUAGGAAUAAAACAGACAAAACUGCUCCUAGGAAGAGAACACAGACAAAACUGCCUGUAACUUCCAGUAAGAAUGUCGUAGAAAAACCUCUAUGUAGGUCUCAAUUAGACCUAGAUUUGCAAUUCCCCUUCAAAACAAAAGUUUUGUAAAAACAGUCACCUUUGCCUCUUUGAGCUGUAAUUUGACCCCCUUAACAUGCUUCAAAACUCACCAAACUGGACACACACAUCAGGACUGGCGAAAAUUGCGAUCUAAUCAAAAAACCAAACCCCAAAACUCAAAAUUGUGCUCUAGCGCCCCCUAGGCAAGGCAAGGCAAGGCAGCUUUAUUUGUAUAGCGCUUUUCAUACACAAGGCAGACUCAAAGUGCUUCACAGACAACAAAGUGAAAUGAAAGAAAAUAAAAGCAAAAUUAAAAUGCAGACAAUAAAAAUAAAAACAGUGCAGACGUUAAAAGUUAAAAGAUUAAAAGAUUUAGCUGAAAGCUAAGGUGAACAUAAAAGUCUUCAGUCUAGUUUUAAAAGUAGUGAGAGUUGGGGAGAGUCUGACAUCUUCAGGAAGUUUAUUCCAGCUAUGUGUUGCAUAGUGACUGAAUGAUGAUCUCCCUUGAUUUGACUUUACUCUUGGAACCGCUAACAGAUUGGUCUCAGAAGAUCUUAGUGAUCUAGAGGGCGUAUAUAGUGGGAGCAU